AUGGCAACAACAAUCACUUUUAGUUUACCAAGUGAUGAAGAAACAAAAUCAAUUAUUGAAAAUCAGGUAGAAAAUAAAUAUUUAUUAUACCCUGCAAAAACAGUUUUCAAACCAUUUCCAUCAACCAUUAAAAAAAAAAUUGAAACUGAUCGACGACAACGUCGUAUACCAAUAUCGAAAUCAACAUCUGAUUUUCUUACUGUUAAACAAGCAGCAAUUGAUAUACCUGAUAAUGAUUUAGAUGAUAAUACACAAACAAGAAGAACCAGACUAAUAUCACAUGAAAGUCGUAAUCAUUCGAUAGUAUCAUCACGUAGAAAUCGAUCGCCAUCAGAAGUACGUGUUAAUUUAUAUGCCAAUGAAAAUAUAGAUAUUCAUGAAAAUUUAUCUCAUAGUCAAUUAGUAAUAUCAGAUUCAAAAUAUAAAAAUGAAAUUGAUACUUCCAAUUUAUCACUUAUUGAUAGAAAAUAUUCAAAACAAACUCGUAUAGAUUUAAUUCGACGUACUUUACUUGAACAUCGUUUGGCUCGUCGAAUACAUUCAUCAUAUUCAUCAUUGACAGCAUUACGUCCCUUAAGUCAACGUCGUUCGAUACAAAAUUUAUAUUGGCGUAAUCGUCGAAAUUUAUAUCAUUUAUCACGUAAUUCAAAAUGGCAUAUUGUUCGUCAGCGUUUACAUGAAAUAGCUAUGAUGAGUGAAUCAUAUGCAAGAAAGAAAUUAAUUGAACAAGAUUUCCGUUGGAUAAAUUUACGUGAAAAAAUUCGUAUACAAGUGUUAGAUAUGAGAGAAAUGUCUUUUUUACGUCAACAAGAUGAUGGACUUAUAAUAAAAAAAAAAUCAGAUAAAACGAGAAUUGAUUUAAAAAAUAUUCCAAUAAAUGAAGUUGUACAUGUUGAACGUGAUGGUCGAGUUUAUUCAAUGAGUACACGUGAUCUUGUUCUAGGUCGAUUACUUUGUGAUGAAGCUAUACAAUUAGAUACAUUUUCUCAAUUAGAUGCACGACGACAAUUUCAAAUACAACAACGUUUAUUAAAACAACAAGAAGGAAGAACUCGUCUAAAAAAACAUAUUGCUUUUUCAUUUUGUCUGUGCAAUUUAUCGUUCAUUGUUCUUAUGUUUGCUGCUAUGUUGAUAUUUGCUACGAAAACGAUAUUCGAAAUGAGAUAA